GAGAGAGAGAGAGAGGGGGGGGGGAGAGGGGGGAGAGAAGAAAGCAAGAAAAUCCCCCGGCGCGCUUCGGAACCGGGUUAAUAAAAGCCGUCCGCCGCAGAACGGGAGCAACGUGUGUUAAGUUCGGCGAGCUCGGCUCCUCUCGUCCGCCGUCACAAGUGCGGUUAAAUGGCCGGUCGCCGUUCUAGGCGACGUUAGCUGGGGACAGCGUGACCGCAGCGGUUGUGGUAAAAGGAUCCGCGGGGCCCGGACGUGGUGUCGGUUGGGUCUCGGAAGGGGGAUUACUGGAGGUGUCGGGGCCGCGGAGCUGCGCGUCCACACGGCUCCGGGGGGGAAGGAGGAGGCCACGUCGUUGCGGGUGUGUGUGUGUGUGUGUGUUGAUCCGUUGACUUGGGGGUGAAAUGCGGGGAGGAUGACAAGUGUACGGAAGGAAGAAGGCGCGUAGAACGCGGGAGGCACAGAACACGUGGGCGAUCUUCCACGCUCACGCCCGUGACUCGGGAGUCGUUGGACGGCGAGACGUCGCCGCAGUCGCCCGGCGCGUCACGUCGACGGAUGGGUUCGCGUCUGAAAUAAUCCCCCCUGUCGACUUUAGCGGGUCGCCGUCGUUGUUGUUGUCGUCGUCGUCCCCCUCCCCCUCCCCCCUUUUUGUGUUGUGUUGUUUUUUUUUUAAGCCAGGAGGGCUCUGAAAUGGUCGGUUUCGGCGCAAACCGGCGAGGAGGCCGCCUCCCUUCCUUCAUCCUCGUCGCCUCCAUGGUGAUCAUCGCCAUACUGUCUUUCAACUACUGGACCGUGUCCGCCAAGCACGGCCGCCUGCUCGACGAGCUGGCGGAGGCGCGGACGCAGGUGAAGCGCACGGACGCGGCCCGCAGCCGGCUGGAGAAACGCAACUCGGAGCUGAUGGUGCAGGUGGACACGCACAGGAAGCAGAUCGACCAGAGGGAUGGAGACUACGCCGUGCUGGAGGGCAAGCUGCAGGCCCGGGAGGCGCUCGUCAAAAAGUGCGCCGAUGACAAGAUGAAGCUGCAGGGUGAUGUCACGGCCCAGAUGACAGAAAUCCAGAAGCUCAAAGAGCAGCUAAAGGAGCUGAAGCAGGAGUUCAUGAAACAGGAGGAUCAAAUGAGGGAGGUGAAGAAGAAUAGCACUACGCUAGAGAGGAGGCUGGAGUACGAGAGUUUACAGUGUGGGCGUCAGAUUGCACAGCUGAAGGACGAAUAUGAAGAAACUAAAAAGACCCUGGAGGAAGAAGCAUCAAAGCUAAGAAAGACUAUACUGGACAGCAGAAAGACUGGAGGGGCGGGGGGACAUGUGGAAGGAGCAACUGGUGUGGAUUUGGCAGGAGAGCGCCACACAUUGGCCACUCGCCAGCACGACAGUCGAGAUCUGAAAGACGAGAUGGGCAAGCUUGGCAGUGAUGCUGGCAUGCCUGGGAUAGAGGACAGUGAGGUGGGAAAAAUGGAUGACGUACAGUUUGCCCUGAAGAAGCCAGCCAUCACUCAGAAGCACAAUGAGCUUCCUGACAUAGCAGGGGCUGGUGCAGGGCCUGGUGCUGGUGAGGGGGCUGGGGGCCGGGCCCUGUCUCUGGAUCAGCCCAGACUACAACAGGACCGGGUGGUGGAGAUGUUCGAGGAGGGCCGGGCGGCGGUUGUCCCACCUCCGGGCCUCCACCUUCAGCCGCUUCCCCUGGCGGUGGCAGACAAACCGGUGCUCUUUGCUGAGGACAACAAGGCAGGCAUCCGGGCAGAUGAGUUUGGAGAACAGCAAAGACAAAUCGGAGCUCCAGAUAAUGUCAAAGCAGAUGGUCCGCAGAUGAAGGGGCUUCAACUGCCCCCCAACCCCGCGCAGGUGCCCAACCCCAUUGAGCCUCACAUCAAAGACCAGGUUCCAGCUGCGCCGCCUCAUCACCGCCAGAGCCGGUUCUUUGAUGAGAACGAGUCCCCAGUAGAUCCGCAGCAUGGCUCUAAGCUGGCGGACUACAAUGGGGAUGAUGGGAACGUAGGUGAGUACGAGGCCGACAAGCAGGCCGAACUGGCCUACAAUGAGGAAGAGGAUGGUGAUGGUGGUGAGGAAGACGUUCAAGAUGACGAGGAUCGAGAUAUGCAGGGAGAUCGAGCUGUGGAUUAUGAGAAACAACAUCAACCCAUUGACAUCCUCUGAAUAGCUCACUUUACAUCGACACCGUCUGACAUCAACGGUCUUUCUUGGGGAAGUAGUUUGGACAUCCGUAAUAAAGAAUCCAUAGGGUGCAUCAUCAGUGAUCAUGGGUUAUUUUGAAAAUUGGUCAAAGCAGUGAUUCAGUCAUUGCCCAGUAACCUAAUACCACAAACAGUAAGACAUAACCAAUGAUGACAGUGUCAAGUGCUGCUUGUUCAUUCACAAAUGCUUUAGUUUAAGUUGUGAUGUCAAAUACUAAUAGGGAUGCAGAACUGUACAGGUUUUGUUAACAGGACAAAAAAUGAAGGACUGUAUUUGCUUACUGACUUUGCAAAUGUGCAGGAGAGUGCAGAUGGCUCCAAAUGAAGUGGUCUAAAGGAGUCCAGUUGGCUCACUGUUGAACUUUAAUGUGGACCCUUGUUGUUCUUUCUCUGCUCGUUGAAGGUCCUGAUGCCUGAUCGAAAACAAACUUUUUACCUAAGAAGUUUGUCAGCGGAACUGUUUUGGUACUCAGCUGCUCCCAUGCAAUUUCUGGACACUUAUGGAUGCCCAUUCUGCUCCUAGAGCGGUGGAAAUGUGUAACUGAUGCCAAGGACUGUGCUGACGGCCAAUUAAAUCAAUUCCUUUCUUUCAGAAAGACACUCAAAAGUGCUCAUCAUUUUAUCCCUCAAGGAUGCUACUGCAUGCAUUUAAGAAAUCCUAUUGAUAAUCAAACUGAGCAAAAUACCGCAUCUGUAGCAAUAUGUAGAUCAGCGUUGGUAUCCUCCAUCAUGUGCAAGACUAAGCACACGUGGAACUGACGGGACAUCUGCUUCCAACAGUUAGGUCUCUUGUACAUAAUUGUAAUUGGGCUGACAACCGUUUGUACUGUAGAGACCUUGUUCCUUCAGUUUAGGGAGAAUGAUUUUAAGCCAUCAACUUUUUUUUUUUCAGUUUUGAAAUGGAAAUUUAUCACUAAUGGGAAGGCAUAUUGAAUGUAAUUUGAUUUGAUUAAAUGUGAUGCUUGAUGUCAUUUGAUUUGAUACAUUAUGACAUUAAUGGAUACAAAUGUGGAAUU